AUGGCCGGCGGACUUCCAGGCCACGAGCAUGACUUCUACCCCAUAGUUACAGACAGCCAUUGGCUCGGUAGUCAUACAAACUACAACGACUUGAACGAGGGCCUCCCGUACUGGUUCAAUGGCCUGGUUCCGCUGGCAUAUAUGACGGACGACCAGCGUUUCAAGGACCAGGUCCGGAAUGUCGCCGACUAUGUCUUGUCGGCCCAAGGGCAGACGCUCUUGGAUUGCAUGCGCAUGUUUCAUGAAAAGGCCCUGGACUGGGAGCACUGGUAUACUGAUGGGAUUUACCUCAAGGAUGAUCUGAACACCAUCUCUCCGGAUAUCACCGACCAAACGAUCCGUUCGAGCAAGGGGUCAAUCUACGAGCGCGCUGCGAGCCGUCAACUGACUUCUAGAUACCACGGAGCCGUUUCUGGGUCGCUCAUCGGCGACGAGCGGGUCUCCAGGCUGAGUCCCGCACGUGGCGUGGAGCUUUGGACUGUGGUGGAGACUAUGUUUUCGCUGAGCUAUCUGUACCAUGCGCUGGGAGACAAUUCGCCGGCGGAUCAGUGUGAGCUCGCCGCGUUCAAUGCUGCCGGUCAUGACUCUUCCCGACUGGUCGGCCCAUCAAACGUGGACGAGAUGGGUCAAACCUUUGGACUCGAGCCGAACUACCCUUGCUGCACUGUAAAUCAUCCGCAGGGAUAUCCCAAGUUUGUGUCUGCGGCAUUUGUAAGGCAGGAUCAAAACGGCAUCGCACACGCGCUUCUUGGCCCAAAGAGUGUCCAGCCUUCAACAAAGUCAGGGGUGAAGAAGAAUUGGCUGGGAUACGGAGUACCGAGUACCCGUUUACCCAGCGGCUGGUGUAUACCAUCGACGCAGACGGGCCAUUCGAAUUUCCGAGGGGAACCUGGUACACGGACCGGAAUGCUCAAAAUUCCCGUAAGUCAAGGCUCAUCAGAAGUUAUCGUCACACUGGCUGCAGAAGUCCACGCGCAACGCCGCGCCAACGAUACCGUAGCCAUCUACUACGACACUCUACUCUACGCGAUUCCAGUGCAAUACACACAAACCUCCCAACCCACCCAGGGUUAUCCCAAUCUUCCGGACAGCAUCCGAGACUACGAGCUUCGUCCGACCGGUUCCUGGGCCUAUGCGAUCGAUCCCUCUUCCCUGCGAUAUAAUGGCUUCGACAGAGCUCUGUCUAAUCCUCUCUGGACUCUAGGAGCACCCCACGUCCAUCACGGCAAGAGUCUGCGAGGUCCAACGGGAGCUGAAAGACGGAUAUGA